CCCACCAACCGAAUGUCCUGUUGAUUAACGUUGAUUACGCCGGGUAUUAUAUUGAAUCCUAGUUUUGUUUCUGUCGUGAACUGUGUAUUUUAAAUGAAAUGGGGAAAUUAGAAUCUAAAAGAGUUGAGGAUGUACAACUCACAAUUCCAUUCAAACCUUUUUCAAUUGUAACAGUUUCCUUGCCAGCGGUUUCAUUGCUGUACUGUUUUCUACAUGGAAUGUUAUUCCGGUUUAGUGAAGUUAAUGAGACAGUUUGUCAGGCACACAAUAUUGUACCCUCCAUCAGUGCAGUAACGGGCAUCACCCCAGGGGCCUAUUUUUGGAGGAUCUGUAUUGGUUUACAUGCCACUCCUCGAUUUGCUGUGGGCUUCAUGCAUUAUAAUUAUUACAUAGCCCGGAUAUCCUAUGUGGACAGAGAAUUCAGGCCUCUCUUUAAGAAGUUACUAAGUCUCAACUUCUGGUUGUACACUAUUGAGAAUUCCUGCUUAGUUGGUGUGACCUACAUUUCCAACAAGGAAAAUUACCCUGUUCAUGAGAAGAUAUUUGUGGUUUUCAUGGUUGCCAGUUGCUGUUACAUGUUACUGAAUACCCUCAUCUACAAAUGGACCAGGACAGAUAUAUUGACACCGACUGAGAAAAAAUCCCUAAAAAUCAAGUGGAUAAUGUUUGCCUGUAUAAUGACAGCCACGACUGGCCUGUUGACUGCUUUUAUAUUGCACAGGGUGUUCUGUGUCGCAUAUGCAUUUAGUUUUUUCUCAGCCUUUGAGUAUGUUAUAGCCUACUCCAACAUGGGAUAUCACGUGAGUGCGUACUUAGAAUUUAAAAACAAGUCAAUCCUGGCUGCAGAUCUCAUCUCAGAUUCUGUUUACACUAAUGGAGACGCACCAGAGUCUAAUGCCAUCACUCAAGAUUCAGAUGAGGACAGAAAUGGGUCACGGCGGAGUUUGCGAAUUCGCAAAAAAGGAGCCGGGGAAAGUGUUCAAUGAGAAUACAGCACUAGUUUGUUAUUGUUUAGUCUUUUUACAGUUAUGUGCAAUGAGGCAAAAAACUUGUCUGGUCUUUCUUUUUAUGAGUGUUGUUUACUUAAUGUACAUGUGAAAUGUUCAAAGUCGGGGUUUGUUUUUUUUUUGUUUUACACAAUGUAGAAGUUGAUGGAGGUACUAGUCAUGUAAAAAGGGAGACAGUGGCAUAGCCAAGAUAGAAGUAGUUUGGUUUUAUCAUAACAUGGUAAAAUAUUUUCUUUGGUAAUUGUAGUACAUGUACCUAUAUCUAGUGCCAGAAAGGAAUUUUGCAUUUAUCACAUGAUUCAGUACUCCAGAUUUGUUUUUUUAUACCGGUAACUACAAAAUUCAAAAUGGCUAUUUCCAAAAGAUCUGCUUUUUUCAGUUGGGAGAAAAAAUAAUUUAGGAAUUCACAAACAUUUAUAAAUUUGUAUUCUUAACUGAAAAUUAUACAUCUUUUUUGUGUCCUUUGGACAUUUCAUGUUUCUACUUUUAUUUUAAAAAUACAAAUCUACAAUAUAUGUGGUUAAUGUUAGAAUGAUUGUGGCUUAAAAUUUAUAAUUGAAAGAUGAAGAAUCCUCUGAUUAUUAAUGGAAUUUUUCUGCUAGAACAACAAUUUCUAACAAAAUUCAGAAAAAAAUCAAAUCAACUGAAGUUAAGGCAAAAUAUUAAACAAAGAUAAUCAUUGUUUUAAAAAGAUGAACAUUUUGAAAAAAAAAAAAAACGGUACAGAUUUUCAAUUUAAGAGUUAUCCCCCAUUAAUGCAUAUGAUGCCACAGGAGGAUGAACUCUUUUCCAUAGCAUGUAGAUGUUUAUGUAGACAAUUAGAUGAUACAUCAUCUUGCCAUUCAUCGAAACAUUUAGUUAAACACAGUCACACUUAUUUUAUCUCCCACACUCACUCGGUAGCUGUGUAUAAUUGUCAGUUGAAAAUUAUAGGUUAUAAGAAGUUAACCAGCUGUAGUAAUUAUAAACACCUUCAUAAUUUCUGUCAACAUGUUCAUACAAGGCCAUCUUUAAAAAAAAAAAUGUUUGUUUUCCCUUUCCCAGAUGACAGGCUAAAAAUGGCCUAACUCUAAACUUUUUUUACCUCCAGGAAUUUUUUCUCAUUUUGUCAGGAGAGGGCAAGCAAACAUUAUUUUAAAAAUGGCUUAAAAAUCUGAAAUUGUUGCCAUUGUACUUGUACAUGUAUUCAUGCCUACUUUAUUUAUAUUUUAUAUCGACUUUUUGAAUUUGGCAAAACUUUAUAUCAUAUUGAGAUUACAUAAUUGAUUGCUCAUAUUAAUUUGAAUUUUGUGACCUUUUUUCCAGACAAGGCAAUGUUCACUUACAUAUUUAAAAAAAUGAUAAAAUUCAAAAUUUAAUGUAUAAAUUUAACAAUAAAGUUACAAUAAUUUAAUUUCAAAGAAAAACUUAGUACUGCACAUAUAUUGCAUUAUGUGUGUAACCUUUUUAGUUUAGAAG